CAAGUGCCAGUGCACUUGCCAUCACUUCAAAAAAGCGAGCAGUGAGCGCACGGAGCUUUACGCACGGUUGGAUACAUAAUUUCAUGCGCCCUGUGAAUAUUUCCUCACUUCUUCGGUGAGCUACCGAGAAGCAACCAGCCGAGAUGUUCCCCCUGCCGAUGUUCACACCGGACCAGGUCGCUCGGGUGUGCGAGAACUUGGAGGAGACCGGAGACAUCGAGCGCCUGGGGAGGUUCCUGUGGUCCCUGCCCGCCGCCGUGCCUGGCUCCGCCGGGGAAGCGCUGAACCGACACGAGUCCGUGAUGCGAGCGCGGGCGCUGGUCGCCUUCCACGGUGGAAACUUUGACGCUCUUUACCAGAUUCUCCAAAGCCACCGGUUUACGCGCGAAUCGCACGCCAAGCUUCAAGACCUGUGGCUGGACGCGCACUACCGAGAGGCAGAGCGGCUGCGGGGGCGGCCGCUGGGCCCCGUGGAGAAGUACCGGAUCCGCAAGAAGUUCCCCCUGCCCCGCACAAUCUGGGACGGCGAGCAGAAGACGCAUUGCUUUAAGGAAAGAACUCGUAGUUUGCUGAGAGAGUGGUACCUCCAAGACCCCUACCCCAACCCGUCCAGGAAACGCCACUUGGCCCAGGCCACGGGACUCACACCCACACAGGUCGGCAACUGGUUCAAGAACCGCCGCCAAAGAGACCGUGCUGCAUCCGCGAAGAACAGACUGCAGCAGGAUUCUUCCCUCCUGCCCUCUGAGCGCUCAUCUGACGGCUCCCUUCAGGAGCGCCACCAUCACCCCCACUUGUUGCCUGCGUCCCCUCGCCACCCGGGCAGCCCCGAGGCCAGCGACUGCAGCACGGAGACCGAGCGCAGAGGAACAGGAGCCUCCACUCCAGAGAUCUCUGUCAGCAGCGACAGCGAGUUCGAGUCCUGAGAUGACGGACUUCUUUUCAUGGACAGACUCUCGUUCCCUGCAGAGGCGAGAGCAGCGUCUGUCAUCAGACUCAGACAUCUGUUAAAGACACUUGAACUGUCUGUGGACACACUAAAGGUGUUCUCAGUGGGAGGAGGAGGCCACUUAAUGUGGCUCUGAGUGGUAUUGUAAGGGAAUGAUAUGCAGGAACAACAGGCACUUAAAAAAGCGCCAUGGCACAUGACCUUGACUGUUAUAUGAACUAGUUUACAGCUGACCAUGAUUCAGCACUGUUGAACAUAACAUAGAACGGGUACUUUGACUUCAAAUACAGUGUUUAUCAGACAAUUCUAGAAAUAAUGCCAAUGGUCUUUAGAUAAUGUGAAUAUUCAUAUUUUAAGUUUUGAUAACAAUUUCAGUAAAUAUUUUUGGAUAGAUAAUUUUCUAAUAGUUAUUAUGUAAGUUACAUAAUUAAUUUGUAUGGAAACUGUGAGGACACAAUGAACAAUGCCUUGAGUAGGCUAUUAACAUUAUGUAACUACAUUUACAUGCACAUUGAUGACUUGAUUAACUUCAGAUUAUGGCAAAAUGCCAACUAUGGAAAGAGUCAUGUAAACA